AUGUACGGUCUAGCAUCUUUUGCGGCCCUGUUGGGCGGUCUUUCACUUUGCUCCGCGGCCCCGACUGAGCAAAAUAUUACAAGCGAUACUUACUUUUAUGGCGAUUCUCCGCCCGUCUACCCCUCCCCGGACGGUGCCGGAACCGGGUCCUGGGCCGCAGCCUACGUAAAGGCAAAGAGUUUUGUCGCUCAACUCACAGACGAGGAGAAGAUCAACUUCACAGCCGGGUAUACUGCCAGUAAUGGCUGCUCAGGCAACAUUCCAGCAGUCUCUCGUCUCGGCUUCCCCGGGCUUUGUGUUUCUGAUGCAGGAAAUGGGCUGCGUGGAACCGAUUUUGUGAAUGGCUGGCCAAGUGGCAUUCACGUGGGAGCAAGCUGGAAUAAAACUCUUGCACACCAACGCGCCCUAUACAUGGGACAGGAGUUCCAUCGAAAGGGGGUAAAUCUCCUACUGGGCCCAGUUGUUGGCCCACUUGGUCGUGUCGUGGAAGGUGGUCGUAACUGGGAAGGCUUUGCCAACGAUCCUUACCUCAGCGGUGCGCUGGUGUAUGAGACUGUGCAGGGUGUGCAGGAAGCCGGUGUCGGCGUUUCGGUCAAGCACUACAUCGGAAACGAGCAAGAGACCAACAGAAACCCCGAGACUGAGAACGGCGUCACUGUUGCCUCAGUUUCCUCUAACAUCGACGACAAAACUAUCCAUGAACUGUAUCUUUGGCCGUUUCAAGACGCCGUUCUGGCGGGAAGUGUCUCCGUGAUGUGCUCGUACAACCGAGUCAAUAAUUCCUACAGCUGCCAGAACAGUAAGACGCUGAAUGGUCUUCUGAAGACCGAACUGGGCUUCCAAGGCUACGUUGUCACUGAUUGGGAUGCCCAACACGCCGGGAUCGCUGGUGCUAAUGCCGGCCUGGACAUGGUCAUGCCAAGUACCACCACAUGGGGGUCCAAUCUCACGACGGCCAUUGCCAACGGCAGCAUGGAAGCAUCGAGACUGGACGAUAUGGUCACUAGGAUCGUUGCCUCCUGGUACCAAUUAAACCAAGACACCGACUUUCCCUCACCAGGCAUUGGGAUGCCCGUCGACGUCUACUCCGAGCAUGAGAUCGUCAUUGGAACUUCUGCCGAUGAGAAGGACGCUUUGCUGCAAAGCGCAAUCGAGGGACACGUCCUCGUUAAAAACCAAGGCUCCGUCCUCCCUCUCCAGUCGCCACGCCUAGUCUCCGUGUUCGGCUACGACGCCAAAGCCCCGGAGUCCCUGGACCUAGCCCCCGUCUCUCUAAGUGUCGCUCCGCCCACGCAAAACAACACACUCUGGGUGGGCGGAGGUUCCGGUGCCAACAAUCCCGCAUACGUUAUCGCCCCCUUGGACGCCAUCCAGCAACAAGCCUAUGAAGACAACACCGCCGUCCUCUGGGACGUGACAUCGUUCGACCCAGACGUCGACCCCGCCUCCCACGCCUGCCUAGUUUUCAUCAACAGCUACGCCUCCGAAGGCAGUGACCGGACAGGUCUGGUGGACUCCGACAGCGACACGCUGGUAACCAACGUCGCCAGCAAAUGCAACAACACGAUCGUCGUGAUCCACAACGCGGGCAUCCGUCUCGUGUAUAACUGGAUCGACCACGAGAACGUUACCGCUGUGAUCUUCGCCCAUCUUCCAGGCCAAGACACAGGCAAAGCUCUCGUGGAUUUGCUGUACGGCCGCGCCAACCCCUCGGGCCGCCUCCCCUACACCGUCGCCAAGCAGGCCUCCGACUACGGCGCAGUCUUACACCCCGUGCAGCCCGUCGCGCCUUACGGCCUGUUCCCGCAGGACAACUUCACCGAGGGAGUAUACAUCGACUACCGCGCCUUCGACAAGGAGGACAUCACUCCGCAGUUCGAGUUCGGCUUCGGUCUCUCGUACACCACCUUCGAUUAUUCCAGCCUGAACAUCCAACGCACCUCGGUCGAGGCCACACAGUACCCUCCUGCGGCGGUUAUCCAGGAAGGAGGCAACCCGCGGCUGUGGGAUGUUUUGGUCAACGUCACGGCGCAGGUGGAGAACGCCGGCUCGGUCGACGGCGCGGAGGUCGCACAGCUGUACGUGGGCAUCCCCAAUGGACCGAUCCGUCAGCUGCGCGGGUUCGAUAAGGUGAAUAUCCUGGCUGGGGAGACGGUGACGGUCACGUUCGCCUUGACGAGACGUGAUUUGAGUACGUGGAGUGUGGAGGCGCAGGAGUGGGAGCUGCAGCAGGGAGAAUAUAAGGUGUAUGUGGGACGAUCGAGUCGGGAUCUGCCUCUGACGGGGAGUUUGACCUUGUGA